ACUCUAGUCACUAUUAAUGACCAAAAUACAUCUUCUACAAAAGAUAAAAAAUUUAUUAUUACUGAUUCCACAUCUGAACCAAUACACAGCUUAACCCAGCUACAGAAAAGUAAGUCUAAAUAUAUAUUUGAAUCUUUAACAGAGUCUGUGACAUCUAUAAUGUCUUUACAACAAGAUAUUGUUGAUGAUGAUCUAGCUAGUGUCCUUGAAUUCGUAGAAACAAUAUAUAAAGAAAAUGUUGCACCCACCAUUUCUCAUGAGCAAAAGAAAGAACAAGGCUUAAUUCAGGAAAUAUCUGCAGGUGAUAGCCAAGAUGAUGUAUUCCCAUCCACUCAAGAUCAUGACUCCAUAUCUCCAGAAUAUGCAACUGAAAUUUUGCUGACCUCAGAUGACUUACCCAAAACUGAUGUAGGUGAGAAAACUUUACCGACAAUUGAGGUGAGUACACUAACCAUAUCUCAGCCCAAACUUCAAAUUUCAGCAGAAUUAGCACAGUCAAAAGCCUCCUACGCCCCUCCAAAACUCUUCCCAUUCAAGAGAAAGUUAUCAAAAGAGAUGCGUAAUCCAGUUAUUAAUAAACUAACCUCACAUUUUACUGACUCACCAAAGUUAGAUAAAAAUUGUAGUAUUGAUACUGAAGGUGAGCAUCAAACUGAUUCCUAUUGGGUUCUCGGACCACAUUGCCCACUAUGUAGAGAAAAUCAUAUGAGUUUAUAUGGUAAAUGGUGGCUAGAUAGUCGAAGUAAAAAUACAUAUUAUUUAUAUUGCACUAAUUUAAAAGAGCUAGGAAUUCCAUACAAUGAUGUACUAAAAGCAUAUUCUGAUAAUUCGGAACUGAUUCAAGAGUUAAAAACUCGAU